GAGGAAGAGGAGGGGAGAGGGCAACUACUGCCCCUCCUUCACCCAAAGUUUCUUCCCGGCUGGAUUCUCAGCUUUCUUUCUUUCUUUCUUUUUUUCUUUCUUUCUUUCCAGGGUGGGCUGGGAGCCCCACAGAUCCCCCCCUCAUCCCAGGGAGGAGAGGGGCCAAGCCCCCUCCCCACAAUGGCCAAAUCUUACGACCACCUUUUCAAACUCCUCCUGAUCGGGGACAGCGGGGUAGGUAAGACGUGUCUCAUCAUCCGCUUCUCCGAGGACAACUUCAGCGGCACCUACAUCAGCACCAUCGGCAUCGAUUUCAAAAUCCGGACGGUGGAAGUGGAGGGUAAAAGGAUUAAAUUGCAGGUUUGGGACACGGCUGGCCAGGAAAGGUUCAAGACCAUUACAACGGCGUACUACAGAGGAGCCAUGGGAAUUAUUCUCGUCUACGACAUCACGGAUGAGAAAUCCUUCGAGAACAUUCAAAAUUGGAUGAAGAGCAUCAAAGAGAAUGCCUCAGCCGGCGUGGAGCGCCUCCUGCUGGGGAACAAGUGCGACAUGGAGAUGAAGCGAAAAGUUUCCCGGGACCAAGCCGAGAAGCUGUGCAGGGAGCACGGGAUCAAGUUCUUUGAGACCAGCGCCAAGUCCAGCUUGAACGUGGAGGAGGCAUUCAAUACGUUGGCACGUGACAUUCUGCUCAAAUCAGUCAAGAAAUCGGGUCAGCUCCCCAAGAGGCCUCUGGAACUCAAAGCCACACCAAAACCCAGUUCAAAGUGCUCCUUGCUGUAACCGCCAGCCCAGCCACUUCGGAAACGCCCCGUGGCUCCUCUCUUAGGCUGGCUGUUCAGCUUGGUUGGGGCUGUUUCUCCCCCCCUCGAGACUCCGAGUUGUUUCGGGCUGGACCCCGGAAGGACUUGGAGACGGUUUCCCCAACUUCUUCUUCUUUGUCUUUUGCCAUUUGGGGACUCUGCCUUUUAAUUUUUGCACUUGCAGAAAGGGAAGGAGAGUUUGGGGAGGGAAGGGGUCCUAGAGCUGAGGGAGAGGUUGAAAAAUCGGGGAGGGGGUGUUAAUAACUGGGGAUGCCACCCCCCCCCACCCCGCAAAUCUCUGCCUUCGCCAGAUAUUUUGGGACGACGUUUGUCAAAGUUUGCAACUUUGCAAACUUUGCAAACUUCAACUCCCAGCUAUGCUAGCCGGGGAAUUCUGGGAACCGAAGUCCCACCCGCCUCCAAAAGUUAUUAAAAUAGAAAAACGCCAAGACCUGAAGCUCCGCAGUGCCUUUAACAGACAUAGGAAAGAAUCAGAUUAGGAAUCUCUCAGCAGCAGGAGGAAAAAAAAAAUCUUUUUUUUUUAAAAAAAUAAGUAUAUAAAUAUAUUAUUUCUGCCUGCUGGGAACUCUCUGCACUUUGGAUGGGUGGAAAUCCGGAAUCCGGCACCCAGGAGGAACCAGUCACACGUUCGGGGACCAAUUGCCUUUUGUAAAUCUGUGAAGACGAUUAAAAUAUUUGCAGUUUUUCCGAA